AUGCGAUUAUUGAAUGUUAUAACCAACAACAUUGUCAUAUCAGCGUCAUCGCAGACGUUCCACUUGAAGGCUGGUAAUGACGUUGAUCGACAGAAGUGGCUCAGUGCUUUGGAAUACUCACGUCAUAAGGCCAUCAGACAGGCCGAAAGUGAUGAGGAUGAGGAUGCGCAUAUUGGUACGGGAGAGUCCCGAGUCGCCGUAUUACAGAAAACUCAUAAAGAGUUGCUCAGAAAAUUGGACGAUUUACAAACCGCGGCUCGUAUAUUAGGUCAGUGGUAUAUUUGCUGUAUUGAUUUUCCACCAUGCAGUGAAUUUUAUGGCUACAUUUCAUCUGUUCGCACUAAUGGGCUUGAGAAUCUCUCGUCAAAUCUUGGCACUAGAGAGCCUUUUAUUGAUAAGCAUGGCUGA